AUGAUCCCCGUUCUCUAUUACGAGAAAUUUUAUCCCAAAGACAAGAAGGAGAUUCCGAAAAAGAGUGAGCAGAAAUCGCAAUCAAAAGAGGAAGGGAAGAAAUCUGAGGAUGACGGCAUCAGUAUAACAUUUUCUAUGGAUCUCCAGAAUAUAAUUGCUUCUUUACUGGUUAUUGCGUUGUUCUCUUCUGCAAUUUCGUCAAAACCGAAUGGAGAGAAACAGUCGUAUAAAAGUGUAUUGACUUAUCAAUGCAUUAUUAACUUGCAGAUUAGUUUCCAAGAGUUCAAAAAUAAGCUUCUGGAACCAGGUUUAGUCGACCAUAUUGUUAUUUCAAAUAAAUCUGUUGCCAAAGUUUAUGUAAGAAGCUCGCCGCAGAAUCUUAGUGGCAGCACUGAUUCAACUGAAGGAUCUGACUUUGAUACUCCGGUUAGCGACACACAGCCAAAAGCAAAAACAAGUCAAUAUAAAUACUACUUCAACAUUGGAAGUGUUGAAACGUUUGAAGAAAAAUUGGAAGAAGCCCAAGAAGCAUUGGGCAUCGACCCACAUGAUUAUGUACCCGUUACAUAUGUUUCCGAAGGGGCCUGGCUCCAAGAGUUGAUGAGGUUUGCUCCCACUCUUUUGUUAUUGGGAUCACUUUUCUUUAUAAGCCGGAAAAUGCAAGCUGGAUUCGGAGUAGGUGGUGGUGGCGGAAAGGGUGGCCGUGGAAUCUUUAACAUUGGGAAAGCUCACUUUACGAAAAUGGAUAAGAACGCAAAAAAUAAGAUUUACUUCAAAGAUGUUGCUGGCUGUGAUGAAGCAAAACAAGAGAUUAUGGAGUUUGUACACUUCCUGAAGAACCCAAAAAAGUAUGAGGAACUGGGGGCCAAAAUCCCUAAAGGAGCUCUAUUGGUUGGACCUCCUGGGACUGGUAAAACGCUCCUAGCAAAAGCUACAGCUGGUGAAUCUGGUGUGCCUUUUCUGUCCAUAUCUGGCUCUGAUUUCAUGGAGAUGUUUGUGGGAGUUGGGCCCUCGAGGGUAAGAAGCUUGUUCCAAGAGGCAAGGCAAUGCGCACCUAGUAUCAUAUUCAUAGAUGAGAUUGAUGCAAUUGGUCGAGCAAGGGGACGUGGAGGGAUGUCUGGUUCCCAUGAUGAGCGUGAAAGCACUCUCAACCAGUUGCUUGUGGAAAUGGAUGGAUUUGGAACAACUGCUGGUGUGGUUGUUCUUGCUGGCACCAAUAGACCAGAUAUCUUAGACAACGCAUUGCUGAGACCUGGCCGAUUUGAUCGCCAAAUUAGCAUAGACAAACCAGAUAUCAAGGGUCGGGAGCAAAUAUUCCAGAUCUAUCUGAAGAAGAUUAAACUUGACAAUGAACCUUCUUACUUCUCUCAGAGACUAGCAGCCCUCACUCCUGGAUUUGCAGGUGCAGAUAUUGCAAAUGUUUGCAAUGAAGCUGCUCUAAUUGCUGCUAGAUCUGAGCAAGCAAAGGUGAAAAUGGAACAUUUUGAUUCAGCUAUAGACAGAAUUAUCGGUGGUCUUGAGAAGAAAAAUAGGGUUGUAAGUAAGAUUGAACGCAGGACUGUAGCCUAUCACGAAUCAGGUCAUGCUGUGGCUGGCUGGUUUUUAGAACAUGCAGAACCCUUGUUGAAGGUCACCAUCGUUCCUCGUGGUACUGCUGCACUUGGAUUUGCUCAAUAUGUUCCUAAUGAGAAUCUUCUCAUGACGAAAGAGCAGCUUCUUGAUAUGACUUGCAUGACUCUUGGUGGACGGGCAGCUGAACAGGUACCCCACUUUUCAGUAUGA